GGCCUCUAACAAUGUGGCUAAGUAGACUAUCUUAAACUGACACUGCAAGAGGUGGGAAAAGAGAAUUCUCUCCCCCGUUUCCAUCCAUCCUCUUUCCUCCUCCCUCACAUUUCCCUUCUCAGUACAGACUGUAAAAAGUGAGUCUGAGUCUGUGUUGAAAAAGUGGAUGGUGGAGUGUUCUACCCUCCAGCCUGAAAGGACUAGACAUCUCCUUGUCCUUCAUCCUCGGCUCCUCUCCCUAGAGAGGAUUUUCCCGGCUCACAGAUAUCCAUAACAUCAGUUCCCCACGCCCCACCACCACUAGCUUUCGAUUUCUUCCUCAUCUCUUUUGUAAAGAAAAUGAAGAGAUACCUUGUGGUCGAAUCUGCUUCUAAGUCCCCAUUACUGGAAGAAGAGCACCUCCUUCAGAAAGACACAGCGAAAAUCCAGUAUAUCAAGGGAUCAAACUGGGAGACCAAAGCGACCCUGGGGGCUCUGCCGUCUCACUCCCUGGGGAACAAGAUCUGUUUCUCCAUGCAGCACGUCUCAGAGGCCUGCCUCUGUGGGUGCAGUCUGAGGACAAAGGCAAUACUACAUCCCCGGCCCCCUCCAGCCUCUCGCCCGGCCUCUCGGGUACUCUCCAGCUUGUCAUCAGGAAUGAAGCAGAUGUCUGCUCCAGUGGCUGUCUUCAAGGCUCAAGUCUCCUCUAGCUCCCCAAGGCCCAAGGCCCAGGCCCAGGCCCAGCUCCUCUCUUGGGAUAAGUCGAGGGCCUCCCGCAGUGCCUUGCCACUGCGCAAGCUGGUGCCCAUGGGUGUGUGGCCUAAGAGAUGUAUUAGUCCACUCUCUAAGGCCUUGCCAGGGGAAGCCCUGCACACCUAUAUGCACACGGAAGGGAGCCACAUGCCCAGCCUGGGAGCCAUCUCUCCAGCGAUAUCACUUGUAGAAGAUGACAACUCCUCUCUCCCACCCUUAUUUAAAUAA